AGAAAGAGGAAGUCGCGCAUUUCAUAUUCGCUUCCGUGUGUUAUACUUCCCUGAAGAAAUAGGAGAUAAACAAAAAAAAAAUUCAGAGAUGCAAACAUUGACAUUACUUUUGCUUUUCACUUAAUUUGAAGUCAGACUCCUGCAGAUGAAUGCAUAAGCUGCAGCAAUUUCUCUACAUUCUGGAUCGCCUUGUCUAAGACCACAAAAUUGAUCGGAAAAUGGAUUUUAUCAAGAAGAACUAUGAAGCACUUGUCCAAAGAAUGGGGCAAACAACCAUCACCCAAAUUGUGGACUACUGUUAUUCUCAAGACAUUUUGGAUUCUGAGGAAAGUGAAGCCAUCCUUUGUAAUAAACAAGAACAGAAGGCAGCACGGAUGAUGAUCACCAUGAUUAGGAAGAAGGGAGCAGCCGCCUGUGAUGCAUUCGUUGCUUCUUUAGAAAAGCAUAAUCGUUACCUUUAUGAGGAUUUACAGGAUAACUGUUUACCACAGCAAAUGACUCAAAGGGACAUCGAAAAAAUGGCUGAAGAUUUAAAGGCUUUUUACGUCUCAGCAACAUUUCGAAGGUUUCACCCAUUAGGAAAAGACAUUGACAUCAUUUUUGAUUUAAAUACAACAUUUACUGAUGCUGAACUUUGGGAAAAAGACCUUUCAAACCGAAGGCGGAAAUGUUUGUCGUUUACAAAGCUUCUAGAUGAGUUUAAGAGUCCCACCAUCAUUGAAGGUGAUGCUGGAAAAGGCAAGACAACUCUGCUGAAAAGAAUUGCUGUCCUCUGGGCAUCUGGCGAAUGCACACCUUUGAGAAAAUUCAAGUUAGUGUUCUUUAUUCAGUUAAGCACUUCCACUGAGAAUAUUUAUGAAACAGUAUGCAGGCAGCUCCUUGGAAUGCACAGUGAUAUAGGAAAGAAAGCCUUUACAAAAGCCAUAUCUGAGCUAAAGCGAGAGGUUCUCUUCCUUUUGGACAGCUAUGAUGAAUUUAAACCAUCCAACUGCCCAGAGUUGAACUCUCUCAUUAAAGAGAACGCUCACUUCAAAAAUAUGGUAGUAUUGACAACCCGUACUGAGUCAAUAUCAAGGGUGCGACAGUAUGGUGAAACAAUCACAGAAAUAGGAGAUUUCACAGUAGAGAAUGCUACAUUACUGGUGAGAAAUGUCUUGGAGCCCGAGUUGUCUAACACUCUCCUUUUAGAACUUCAUGCGUCCAGCACUAUGAAAGAGUUGAUGAAGACACCUCUCUUUGUUGUCAUCACUUGUGCUAUUCGUAUGGGAGAAACCAGCUUUAUACCAAAAACCCAAACAGCACUUUUCUGCACCUUAUAUGACCUCAUGAUUGAGAAGAACAAUUAUAAAAUGCAUGGAACCUCCAACCACAUGAUUAGCGAGAGCAUCGAGAGGUGCAAGCAGCUGGCCUUAGAUGGAAUAUUUCAGGAAGAAUUUAAAUUCACUCUUGAUGAUUUGCUUUCUGAGCAUCAUGUGCAAGUAUUGCUGGACACUGGGCUUCUCAACAAAUAUUCUGCACAUGUUCUGAAGCCAAUUUACCGUUUCUUUCACAAGACAUUCCAAGAGUACGUUGCAGGACGUAAACUGACAGAAUUAUUAACGUCUGCUGUAAAUGAGGAGGUCAACCAAGGACUUAAGUACUUAAACAGAAUCGAUAAUAUUUCAGACAUUACUAACAAAUACCACAAGCUGCUGUUGUAUAUUUGUGGGUCCUCCCAGUAUGCUGCAGGAAUAGUUAUAAAGCACAUGGCAGGUAUUCAUACCCAUGGGAGACUUCUUGGCGUGUCUUCUGGUACUAAUGGGCAGAAUAUUGUAUUGGAUGAUGAGCAAGGUGAAUCACUGCAAAACUUGGGUGAGCUUCAGAAACUCCAAGAAGCCAGCAUGAAUGCUUUUGUGGGUUGUGCGCUGAGUUUUUUUUCUGAAAGUUUAUCUAAAUCUUCUUUAAGCACAGAAUUUAAAAUAUUUUUCCAGGACAAAACAUUAUAUAUCAAUAGUAUGAAGAUCUCUGAAUCCCUAUUUGACUUCUUUAAAUAUUUACCUAGCUGCCUUACCGCACUGGGCCUCAUCCAGUUGGACCUAUUUCCAGUUAGGCAAGGCAACGAAAGCCUGAAUCAAAACAGACCAAAGACUUUUAUUCCCAAUAAGGCUGUCUCUCUGUUCUUUGACUGGACGAAUACCUUGAGCACCAUAGAAGUAUCCUUGAAAGACUUUCAGCAAUUGUCUAGGAAAGAUGUUACAUAUUUGGCAAAAAUUUGUUGUUCAGCUUCAAGUGUAAGGCUGCAUAUUAGCAACAGUGAUGGUAUAAAAGGUAAGCUGCGUGACAUCCUAGAGGCCUGUGAACAAAACAUGGAAGAUCUCAUAAUUGAAGAUACACCUCUAACCCUGAGUGAUGAGCAGCAGAUCUGUUCCAUGAAACAUUUGAAGACAUUAUAUAUUAGCUAUCUGGAAGCUGAACAACUGCAAGGUGGGCUUUUUGAAUGCAUUCAGAACUUGGAGAAAGUCCACAAUCUGACCCUGGACAAUGUAAAGAUGACAUACACAGAUGCUGAAAAAAUUGGUCAAGGUUUAAGGCAUUUGAAUCAGCUAAGACUUCUGCAUUUAUCCAGAGUAACAGAAAUUGGAGACGGCUUCAGCUUUGUUUUUGAUGCAAUAACCCACCAAGUAUCUCCCCUUGAAAAACUGGAAAUUGUCAAUUGCUGCUUAACAAAAGAAGCUUUCAUGAUCCUUGUUGAAAACCUUCAAAACAUUCCACAGCUUAAAGUACUUGACUGUUCAAAAACAUCCCUUGGACAAGAGUCAAGUGACUGCAUUGGCCAACUAGCUGAAAAGUUAAAUGAGCUCCAGAAGCUGAAGAUUCUGAUGUUGCCAUGGGGCUCAGAUAUAAAUAAAAUUCUGAUGAAGCUGCUUACCAGUCUAGAACAGAAAACAGGCUUGAAAAAGCUAGGUUUUCAGAAGUGGUUUCUCACAGAUGUGCAUAUAUGUCACUUAGCUUCCAUAAUUGAAAAAGGACAUCUACAAGAUAUUGAACACCUGGACCUAGAAGACAACUGUGUGACCAGUGAAGGCUGGAAAGAGAUUUUGACAUCCAUAGGGAGACUAAAGAAUCUGAAAUAUAUAAAUUUGAGCAGCAAUGCCAGUUUUACACCCAGCCCAUGGGUAAUUAACAUGCUAAGCAAGCAAAUAUCUGAAUUGCGUGCACUGCAGGAAAUAUUGAUUCUAAACUGGCAACUAGAUGAGCAUGAUAUGGAAAACCUUCAUAAAGUGAGGAGCAAGGGCGGUAGAGAAUUUCGACUGAGAGUUAACACAGAGAUGAAGGAGGAAGAUGAAGAAGAGGGCUCAUAGAAGACAAGGAUGUACAGUGAAAUUUUCUUAACUAAAUUUAAAAAAAAAGGCAGACUAAAAAAGAAAGUUUUAAGAAAUGAUUCUGAUGUAUCUAAAGAUAGAUUAUCCCAUAUGUUUGAAUCAUAGAAACUGAAAACAGUCUCACAACUUCUUCUUGUUUUAUUCUUGGAAUUGCAAAGCAAAACAGAAUUGAAGGAUCUAAGGUUUUGAUUGGGAAUGCAAGGGGGUAAACAUUCCAAGAUAUAUGAAAGCGCAAGAUUAUUCAAAGCCUUAUAAACAUUUAGCAAUAUUUUAAAAUUGAUUCUGAAAAGACACAGGCAGCCAGUAUAAAGACGCUAAUACUGGUGUAAUGUGUUCAGAUUUCUUAGGAUUCUUGCAGCUACAUUCUCAACUAAUGUUAAUAGAUUUAAAUCUUUUUUGAUAGACCUGUUAGGAGUGCGUUGCAGUAAUCUAAGUAACUUAAAAGAAAGCCAUGUAUCAGCUAUUUUGCAUCCUGUAAAAACAUAAAGGAACGAACAUAUGCUGUAUUUCUUAAAUGAAAAAGUGUGGUGUUGGUGAUAUAAUUGAUAUGAGACUUAAAGUUAAGUUCUGAAUUUAAAAUAACUCAAUUUUUUUACAUCAGAUUUUCUACUUAUUUGUAAUUUUUCUACUUUUUAAAAUUUUUUUUACACAUUUUUAUUGUACCUAACAACAAGUACUUCAAUUUUCUCUUAUUUAAUUUAAGAAAAUUAUUUCUCAGCCAUUACAUAAUGCUGUUUAAGCAAUUUGUCAAACAGUUUAUUACCUUUGUGUCAUCUGGGACCAUAGAUAAAUACAUCUGUGUGUUAUUUGCA